AAAAAAAGCCCCGGGGCAUGGAGAAAAGCAGCCGAACGCGGCUGUUUCCAAAAAAGUAUUGAAUGUCCAGAGGAAUUCGGUCACCCCUCCCGUGGAAAUACGUAUUUGAGAGCUCGCACAGGAGCGGGCGCUCGCACUCCAGCUCUGCGUUCAGUCCCAAGCGCUUCUGACCGUCGCUCCUCUGUGGAAAUUUCACUUUUGCAGCCGAACAACCCAUAAGCAGCCAUGGAUGCCAUUAAGAAGAAGAUGCAGAUGCUCAAGCUCGACAAGGAGAACGCCUUAGACAGAGCUGAGCAGGCUGAGGGAGACAAAAAGGCAGCGGAGGACAGGAGCAAACAGUUAGAAGACGAACUAAUUGAGUUGGAAAAGAGGUUGCGCGUAACGGAGGACGAGCGUGAUAAAGUGCUUGAGGAGUACCAGAGCGUCGAGGAGAAGCUCCUGACCGCCGAGGAGGUCGCCACCAAGGCUGAGGGUGAUGUAGCUUCCCUGAACAGACGUAUCCAGCUGGUUGAGGAGGAGUUGGAUCGUGCACAGGAGCGUUUGGCUACUGCCCUGCAGAAGCUGGAGGAGGCCGAGAAGGCUGCCGAUGAGAGCGAGAGCAAGUGCGCUGAGCUUGAGGAAGAGUUGAAAACUGUGACCAACAACCUGAAGUCCCUGGAAGCCCAGGCUGAGAAGUACUCGCAGAAAGAAGACAAAUAUGAGGAGGAGAUCAAGGUCCUCACUGACAAACUGAAGGAGGCCGAGACCCGUGCCGAGUUCGCUGAGAGGUCAGUCGCCAAGCUUGAGAAGACCAUUGAUGACCUUGAAGAGAAACUCUCACACGCUAAAGAAGAAACCCUCGAUAUGAACCAGAUGUUGGAACAGACUCUAUUGGAGCUGAAUAACAUGUGAAUCCUGCUCAUGUAAUCAUGACAUGUCUGCAUUUUGUCUUUUUUUUUUGUCUUUUUUUUUUUUCAUCCUGACAAUUAUCAGAUUGAGUAACAUGUGCCAUUUGUUACAAAAGCUUUAGUUUUCCUUGUAUUUUAUUUUUUAUGUAAUAUUAUGGUACAUGUUUGUUUUAUUCUGGUUGUGCACAAGUGAAACAAAGUUAGCAACAAUUGCACUUCAAUAUAUGCACAUAACGGUUCUAGUCGAGUCUGAAGCCCAGUUGAAUUGAAAGGUUUUUCUUUUAUCGUGUACGUGGGAUUAGGUUGUCCUAUGUAUACUGGUGCUACUGUGAAGGCGGAUGUCUAGCAGUGUGUAGCUUAUAGUGGGUUAUGAUUAAAUAUAUACACUUUUUUUUUUCUAAUUUAGAUAUCAGUCUUUGUGCCAAUAUUUAGCCCUAAAGGGACUUCUUUACACUCCAACUUUUAUUUAUUUUUGUUUUCCCUCCCGUUUUGCUACGAGAUGUCAGGCAACGUUUUUUUUUUUUUUGCUGAGUUCGCUUACGCCGAAAACCAUGUGGUUCAAAAUGUGCUCGUUUUGAAUUUGAAAAAUAUGAUGAAAUCAUAUUUGGUUGUGCCUCAUUCAUUUUAGUCAUUUUAAAUGUAGGUGUAUUAAAUGUAUGUCAUCCAGAAAUGUACAAAGCUAAAAUAAAUAUCAAAAAACCACUCCGUUUGACAUU